AUGGCUGGAAGAAGAAACGGCAGUGACGCAGAGGAAUCUGAUGAAGACACUAGUUUCUCCAGAAGGUCGAGAAAGAGAGUUUCCUACAACGAGGACGAGGAUCUAGACGACUUCGAAGAAGAAGAAGAAGCCGAAGCCGACGUAUUAGCUGACGAUAGUCCUGCUGUCAUUGAAGAACCAGCGGCAAUAGAUGAAGACGUGAAACCUGAGGCAGACGAAGACGACGAGGAUAUCGAUGACAUAUCUUCAGAUGAACCUCCAGAUAAAGAAGAAGACUAUGUAGAUGAUGGCGAGGACGAUGAAGAUAACAUAAGGAGACGAGGACGUAAGCGGAAGAGAGUCACCACUGUGAAGAGAGCAACCUCGAGGUUGGGUUCAGAUGAUUCUGAUUUCAAAGGUGACAGUGAAGCAGGUGACGACGAGAUAGAUGAGGAUUCCUCUGAGGAUGACUUUGUAGAAAAGCUACAAGAAAGAAGAUUCGUGGCCACGGACGAAGAGGGCGGUUCUGAUGGUGAUGAUUACGGAUAUACUAGUCGUCGUAGAGGCGGUCGUUCAAACCGCCGCAAGAAGCGUGUCAUUAGAGCAACAUCUAUAGAACCCAAAGUUUUAAGAAGCGGUAGAACUAUUAGCGGAAUAGUGGAAGAAGAGGUAGAAGUGGAAGAUGGGGAAGAAGAUACUUCAAUUCAGAAGGAAAUCCAAGAAUUGUACGAUUCGUCACCUUCUACCACGCCAGUGAAACAUAAGUUGAGAGAAAGAGGUGCUAGAAUUGAUUACACCAUUCCACCACCGUUGAACCCAGAUCAACCAGAUGACUAUUCCAUGUACGGUAAUGGGUAUGCCCAGCAAGCAGGACGCGCCAAUUCUAACGGUUCUGUAGCUGGAAGAAGAGGUCGUAAGCCGAUUAAAAGUGAUUAUAGAAAGAUUCUCUUCCCCACUGCUGGACCAUUUGGAGGAAGCGACGUUAUCUCCUUGUUCGGAAAGAAUAUUCCUCCAGGAGGUAUCCCAAUAGAGGGUAUGACGAAUACGACCGUAGAUGCUCAGGGUAACUUGACUGCCAUUGGUGGUGCUGCCAGUGAUUCAGAUUCAUCUGAUGAUGAAAAUGUCACUGGGGCACAAACUGCGGGAAGUGGUGCCCAGUUAAACGGUGCAGAUAAAACUAUAAAUCAUACCAAGUUGAUAACCUCAGGAACUUCCACUUCAAAAAAGAAGAAUAACUUAAGUGAUACGGAUCCGCUUGGCGUGGAUAUGAAUAUUGACUUUUCCGCCGUUGGGGGUCUCAGCAAUUACAUCAAUCAAUUAAAGGAAAUGGUAGCGUUACCUUUGCUCUAUCCAGAGUUAUAUCAAAACUUUGGAUUAACUCCUCCUAGAGGUGUUUUGUUCCAUGGUCCUCCAGGUACCGGUAAGACUCUUAUGGCAAGAGCAUUAGCGGCAAGUUGCUCAACACCUGAAAGAAAGAUUACCUUUUUCAUGAGGAAAGGUGCAGACUGUCUCAGUAAAUGGGUCGGUGAGGCAGAAAGGCAAUUAAGAUUGCUAUUUGAAGAAGCUAAGAACCAACAACCUUCAAUCAUUUUCUUUGAUGAAAUCGAUGGGUUGGCUCCAGUAAGAUCGUCGAAACAGGAACAAAUUCAUGCAAGUAUCGUGUCAACUUUAUUGGCAUUAAUGGAUGGUAUGGACAAUAGAGGGCAAGUGAUUGUCAUUGGUGCAACUAAUAGACCAGAUUCCGUAGAUCCUGCUUUGAGAAGACCGGGAAGAUUUGAUAGAGAAUUCUACUUUCCAUUACCAGACCUUAAGGCAAGAAGCGAGAUUUUACAGAUUCAUACGAAAAAGUGGGAACCGCCAUUACCACUGGAAUUUUUGGAUAAAGUUGCUGGAUUGACAAAAGGUUAUGGAGGUGCUGACCUUAGAGCUCUUUGUACUGAGGCAGCUUUAAAUAGUAUCCAAAGAAAGUAUCCCCAGAUUUAUCAGUCUGAUGACAAAUUAAAAGUUAAUCCUAAAUCAGUUAAGGUCAUCGCAAGAGAUUUCAUGAAAGCGGUCGAAAAAAUUGUUCCUUCAAGUGCAAGAUCUACCUCGUCCGGUUCAUCGCCAUUACCAGAGCAUUUGAAACCAUUACUCACCAACACAUUACUGGAAAUUAGCAAAAAAUUGAGAGAUUUAUUACCAACUUCGUCUUCCAAAAUAACUACGUUAGAGGAAGCGCAAUAUUAUGAUCCAACUAUUAACGAUAAAGAUGGUGGGUUUGGUAAACAAGAAUUACUUCGUAAUUUGGAAAACUCAAGAAUUUGCAAACCUCAUCUCCUAAUCUGUGGAGAACCUGGUAAUGGUCAGCAAUACUUGAGUUCUGCUAUUUUGAACGAGUUAGAAGGUUUCCAGGUCCAAUCUUUGGAUAUGGGUAAUUUAUUUGGAGAUGCCACUAGGACACCAGAACUGAGUAUUGUACAAGCUUUUGUUGAAGCUAGGAGACAUCAACCAUCAGUUAUCUUCAUUCCUAACAUAGAUAUUUGGUUCCAAGUGGUUCCUGCUCUGGCUCGUGCCACAUUGUCUGCAUUGUUAAGGACAUUGAACAGUAACGAAAAGAUUUUAUUAUUAGGAGUGGCUGAGACUACAAUGGAUAUGCUAGAUGGAGAUAUCAAGUUGAUUUUUGGAUUCAACAACAAUUCUACAAACAAUGUUACUUUGCACAACCCUACAAGGAAACAAAGAACUGAAUACUUCUCAACUCUUCAUAACACUAUUUUAAUGAAGCCAUACGAAUUCACGAACGAUUUGGAAAACAGACCUAGAAGAAAGUUGAAGAAGUUGCCAAAAUUGGAAGUUACUGAGAAGGCUACAGACAUUGCUGCGCAAAGAAAAUUGCAGAAGGAAAUUGAAUAUCAAGAUACCAAACUUAAGAACGUUUUAAAAUUGAAAUUGGCAGGGUUGAUGGAUCUUUUCAAAAAUAGAUACAAAAGAUUCAAGAAACCAAUUAUAGAUGAGGCAUUGUUGUACCAUUUGUUUGAACCUUCAAUCUUGGAUCAUGAUAAUCCUCAACAUCAAUUUUUGAAUUAUGACGUGUUAUAUGUAAAGUCUACUGAUCCACAACAUGAAAAUAUGAUUAAAGAGCUUAGCUCUGGUCGUUACUACUUCAACAUGGAUUUAGAGAUCAUCGAAGAGAGAUUGUGGAACGGUUACUAUUCUGAACCUAAGCAAUUUCUUAAGGAUAUUAAGAUGAUUGUAAAAGAUUCUAUAACAAAUGGGGAUAGAGAGAGGAUUUUGAAGGCCAAUGAGAUGUUGACCAAUGCUCAGUUUGGCAUAGACGAUUUUAGCACUCCAGAAUUUUUGAAUGCCUGUAAGGAAAUGAGAUCUAGAGAGAUUGAAAAGCAGGAGAAAAUUUUGCAAGAGCACAAGAAGGCAGAAGAAGAGUUCCAAAGACAGCAAGAGUUGAAUCUUGAAAAAGUCAGAUUGGAACAGGCCAACGGUCUACUUGAUUCCCAAGUUGUAGAAGUUGAUGCAUCAGGGGAUAUAAACGGGAAUGUUAAUGGCGCAGCGAAUGAUCACAUGGAUACUGACAGAGACGAGGAAGUUAAACUAGCACUAGAUGUGAAGCCUGCGGCAGAGGGAACGGCUGCUCCAGCUGGGACUGAGGUCAGGAUCGAGUCAUUAGUACUGGCAGAGCCAGCAAAUGGCACUGCUUCUAUUGAGCCCACUGAAAGUGUUCCAACCGCUCCAGUUGCUACAAAAGUCGAGGUUACUGAACCUGAGGCACCAGUUGUGCCAGUGGCAAUUGAAGAAACGGUUACUGAAACAAUUAAGGAAGUUUCGUCGAACGGGUCAGAUGUGAAGCCGGCUUCGAUACUUGAACCAGUAGACAUAGAGAUGGCUGCUGUGGAAGAAGAUCUUUCAUCAGAGUCCGAGAUUGAACUCUUGGAUCAUCCUGACAAGCAGCUCACAAUUGAUGGUAGAAUUGACGAGUUCUUCAAUGAACUUUUGCCUGAACUUACAGAGAACUACGGUGUUGAGAAGUUGGAAAUUGUCAUGGCCAAGUUUAUGGAAAUUGUAUGGGCCGACCGUUCGAAAUGGGACAGAAGAGAGACUAUCCUGAAGCUUGUAGAAGCUGCAAAGGACUUCUCGUUAACAUUGAAUUGA